AUGGACUCUAAUCACAACUCUCUCGUCUCGGUCUUUUUACGGAAGCUCGAGUAUUAUAAGGGCAUUAUGUUACUUACCACGAACCGGGUCAGAGACUUUGAUGAAGCAGUGCAGAGCAGAAUACACAUUGGUGUUAAGUACAGCCCCUUAGGCGUUGAUACGAGAAAAGCGAUCUGGAGGAGCUUUCUCGAGAGGGCAAAGACAGAGAACGGGAAUGCAGCGUAUAGUGACAAGCAGUUGAACAUCCUGGCCAAGCACAGUCUCAAUGGUAGACAGAUUAAGAACGCAGUGCGUUCAGCACAUGCCAUAGCAAGCAGCGAUGGUACACACCUAUGCUAUUCUCAUUUAGAGAACGUCCUCGAGGUUGGAAAGGAGUUUGAAAAUGAUUUCAGAGGAUCAGGAGAGAUGGCAAACAUGCUCUCCUACGCCUGA